AUGUCGAUACAGUUCGAGGAGCCGACGUUGUCUGGAAGCUACGAUGCCGUCGGGUCCUUCCCCAAAAGUUUUGGCUACGGGCUGGAGGAAGCCGACAUGAUUGAGGAGAGCUCUGGGUCAGCUGACAAGCCGCGCAUACUGCUGAUGGGACGUCGGCGCAGCGGGAAGUCGUCCAUUCAGAAGGUGGUUUUCCACAAAAUGUCCCCCAAUGAGACGCUUUUCCUGGAGAGCACCAACAAGAUCUACAAAGACGACAUCUCCAGCAGCUCCUUCGUCAACUUCCAGAUCUGGGACUUUCCCGGCCAAGUAGACUUCUGCGACCCGACGUUCGACAGCGAAAUGAUCUUCAACGGCACCGGCGCUUUGAUCUUUGUUAUCGACGCUCAGGACGAUUACAUGGACGCUCUUGAAAAGUUACAGCUGACUGUGUCGAGAGCCUACAAAGUGAACCCCGAUAUCAACUUUGAGGUGUUCAUCCAUAAAGUCGACGGCUUGUCGGACGACCACAAAAUCGAAACGCAAAGAGACAUCCAUCAGAGGGCCAAUGAUGAUCUAGCAGAUGCUGGCCUUGAGAAGGUUCACCUCAGCUUCUACCUGACCAGCAUUUACGACCACUCCAUAUUUGAGGCCUUCAGCAAAGUGGUCCAGAAGCUCAUCCCCCAGCUGCCGACGUUGGAGAACCUCCUGAACAUAUUCAUAUCUCACUCUGGGAUUGAGAAAGCCUUCCUGUUUGACGUCGUCAGCAAGAUUUACAUCGCCACCGACAGCUCCCCUGUGGACAUGCAGUCCUACGAGCUCUGCUGCGACAUGAUCGACGUCGUUAUUGACGUCUCCUGUAUUUACGGGCUGCUGGACGAUGGCAGCGGCUGCGCGUACGACAAGGAGUCUUUGGCCAUCAUCAAGCUGAACAACACCACAGUGCUUUAUUUGAAAGAGGUCACCAAGUUCCUCGCUCUUGUUUGCAUACUCAGAGAGGAGAGCUUUGAGAGGAAAGGUCUCAUAGAGUACAAUUUCCACUGCUUCCGAAAAGCCAUCUUUGAAGUGUUUGAAGUCGCCGCCUCCACUCAAGGCGCAGUCCUGAAGCGGGCGGACUCGUCCAGCAACAACCUCAAAUAUGGCGUGCUCAAUGGAAACGGCCUGUGAACGUUAACAGUUCGGAUGUGGGGAGAAAUGUGCCAAACUCCAAGCAUACUUGACAUAUUUUGGCCCGCUUACGAUGCAUAAUCCUUGCCAGAAGGCAGAUAUCAGAUUGACUUACCUACUCAACCGGUUUGUUUUAAUAUUUGUGGGCCAGCUGAGUGUUUUGUAUUGUUGAAAUAUUGAACUAAAUGGGCCUCAAGCCUCGUAUUUGUGUGACGUCUCCUAUUAAUACAUGGGGAGGCUUUUUUUUUUUUAUUGAAAUCGUUUUUUUUUGGUCAGGUUUUCUUGCCCAAAAGGAAUUUACAGAAACCAUAAUGAUUGUUUUUUUAUUGUACAUAUUUUCUUUUAAUAAAAUGUUUCUAUUUUGAUGAUUAAAACGUAA